GCGGAGCUCACACGGGAGGCAGCCAGUAGCCCCCCAUCUUAGUACUGCAGUCUCUGCAGGUGCAGUUGGAGAGACAGCCCUGCUGACAUCUGGUUGCCUUUGCUGCUCACAUGCCGGGGUAGCGGGAGCUUCCACCCCAGUCCCUUGUCACCGCCUGAACUCGCAACCCUCUGGGAUUCGGUGCAGCCAGCCCUGGCCCCAGCAGUCCUGCCCGAGUGACUCGAGCUUAGCUUUGGCCGGUGGACGGCAGGGGAAGCGGGCUAACUUGCCAUCGCGCCGCCGCCUGCGGGCGGCGCCCGGGGUUCGCCGGCGAGGCGGUGGGGAAGCGCCUGCCCCGUGCAGCGGCCCAUACGCGACCUUGGCCUCAGCCGUGCCCUGCGGCCUUGACACCCUGCGAGCCAAGUGGGGCGGGGCUGCCGGAGCAGGGCCUCUGGGAGGAGCGGGCCGCGGGGCGGGGCCUGGACCUGGGCCGGCCGCGACCCUAAUCGGGGCGUCAAGAUGGCGCUGGCGGUGGGAAUGCGCGUCCUGACGCGUGCCCUUCUCCGACCCUGGGCCCGGGGCCUCCGCGCGGCCCCCGGGCGGACAGGGCCGGCGGCCGGCGGCGGGGACGGCGUGCGGUGCUUCAGGAGCCCGCGGGUGCUGGUGGAGCCGGACCCGGCGGCAGGGGUCGCUGUGGUGAAGAUGAGGAACCCCCCAGUGAAUAGCCUCAGCCUAGAGUUUCUGACCGAGCUACUCAUCAGCCUGGAGAAACUGGAGAACGACAAGACCUUCCAUGGCAUCAUCAUCACGUCGGACUGCCCCGGGAUCUUCUCCGCCGGCCUGGACCUGACGGAGAUGUGUGGGAGGGACCCCGAGCACUACGCGGAGUACUGGAAGGCGGUGCAGGAAAUGUGGCUUCGGUUCUACCUGUCCAACCUGGUGGUGAUUGCUGCUAUCAACGGCAUCAGCCCAGCUGGAGGCUGCCUGUUGUCCCUCACCUGUGACUACCGGGUCCUGGCGAACAACCCCAAGUACGCCAUAGGGCUGAACGAGACCCUGCUGGGCAUUGUCGCCCCCUUCUGGUUCAAAGACACGCUGGUGAACACAAUCGGGCACCGCAGCGCGGAGCGCGCCCUGCAGCUGGGCUUGCUCUUCCCGCCGGCAGAGGCCCUCCGGGUGGGCGUGGUGGACCAGGUUGUGCCCGAAGACCAGGUGCAGAGCACGGCGCGGUCGGUGAUGGCCCAGUGGCUGGACAUUCCAGACCACGCCCGACAGCUGACCAAGAUCCUGAUGCGCAAGCCCACAGCUGACCGCCUGCUCACAGAGCGCGACGCGGACAUCGAGAACUUUGUCCGCUUCAUCUGCAAAGACUCCAUCCAGAAGUCUCUGCAUGCGUACUUAGAAAAGCUCAAACAGAAGAAAGGCUAAGGGCUGGGCCGCCUCCAUGGGGCUUGGAGCCGGAUGCACCCCUCCGGGGGCCCUCUGAUUCCGAGGGGUUUUAAACAAGCUA